AUGGCACUGUGCGGACUACUAAUCAUCAUUGGGAUAUUUCGUAAUGGGAUAUUCUGCUGCAAGACCCCAAAUGAUUUUGUUGGAGCUAGAUCUCGAGGGGACAUUAUGAUUGGUGGCUUGUUAGCCGUACAUGGUAGAAUGAUGACUUCACAUAAAGGAUAUCCAAGAAUACCUGUUAUAGAGAGUUGUGCAGGGUUUGAAAUACAAGGCUUGCUGCAAAUGUUGGCUAUGAUUCAUGCUAUUGAGACAAUAAACAAUUCCUCACUCAUACCAGGAAUAAAACUUGGGUAUGAAAUUUAUGACACUUGCUCUGAAACUAGACUGGGUGUAUUGGCAACAAUGAGAUUUCUUACAACAUUUAAUUCAACGGAAGACACUUUAAAAUUUCAAUGUAACUACACGGACAAUACACCGAAAAUUAAGGCCGUCAUUGGAGCCAGUUAUUCAGAAGUUUCUAUAACUAUUGCAAAAAUGCUAAACACACAACUUAUUCCACAGAUCAGCCAUUCUUCAUCCGCUGAAGUUCUAAGUGACAAAUUUCGCUUUCCUGCAUUCCUGAGGACGAUACCAAAUGAUGCCCAUCAGACCAGAGCAAUGGCUAAACUCAUUGAUAAAUCUGGCUGGAACUGGAUUGGAAUGAUAGUCAUGGAUGAUGAAUAUGGCCGCUCAGCUUUAGAGAGCUUUGGAACACAGACUAUGACCAUCAAUGUAUGCAUUGCGUUUAAAGAAGUUAUACCUGCACAUUUAUCUGAUAGUACAAUACAAUCUAAGAUAGACGAAACAGUCAAAACAAUACAACAAGAAACCAGGGUAAAUGUUAUUGUUGCCUUUUUGAAACCUUCACUUUUAAUCAGACUGUUUAAAAAAGUAUUAGAAGUGGGAAUGCAAAAAACCUGGAUUGCGAGCGACAGCUGGUCUUCAGCUGUUGGAAUUAGUUCUAUUCCAAACAUCCACCGAAUUGGCCAAGUGAUUGGGUUUAUAUUUAAAAGUGGAGACACUUCAUCAUUUAACAAGUAUCUCAGAGAUCUAGACCACAAACAGUUUGAGGAGAAUCGACUUUUGGACCAAUAUGCUGCACUGCUUUCUGAUUGCCCCAAAAUAAAAUUGAAUGAAUUAUAUAACUGCAUUACCAAUUAUUCAAAGGAGCAAGUAUAUAACAUAAAGAGGAACAAAAUCAAAACUUUGAGGGAGGAUUUUCUUACUGCGAUGGUGCGGCCAGGGGUGGUUUACAGUACUCAACUAGCAGUAACUGCCAUUGCAAAUGCAAUUCGACACAUAUGUGUGGACCGAAACUGCGCAAAUCCAACUGCUUUUGCUCCCUGGGAGCUCUUACAAGCUUUGAAAAAGGUAAAUUUCUCCUUCGGAGAUAGAAAUAUUCAUUUUGAUUCCAAUGGAGAUGCAAACACUGGGUACGACGUGUUACUCUGGAAGGAGGGUGUAAUUGGAAACAUUAACAUCACAACAAUUGCAGAGUAUGAUACACAGAAAGACAUUUUCAUAUUUCACAAUAAAGAAAAGGAGAAUGAGUUCAAACUCUUGAUGAAAAUAAAGUCCAAGUGUUCAGAUGAAUGCAAACCAGGGCAAAUGAAAAAAACAUCUGCAAGCCUUCAUACAUGCUGCUAUGAGUGUGUUAGCUGUCCAGAAAAUCACUACACUAACAUCCCAGAUAUGGAUUAUUGUAUUCAUUGCAACAACAAGACUCAUUGGGCUCCGGUGAACAGCUCUACAUGCUACAAGAAGAAGAUUGAAUAUCUACGGUGGAAAGAUGGUUUUGCUAUAGUUCUUCUCGUUGUUUCUUUUUCAGGAGUAGCGGUCAUUGUUGCGAUAGCUUUGUUAUUUGCAAAAAAUAUUGAUACUCCCGUUGUAAAAGCAUCUGGAGGUACCCUUUGCUAUAUUAUUCUACUAUCCAUAUUUUUCAGCUUUGUAAGUGCCGUCUUCUUUAUUGGAAAACCAGAAGACUUCAAGUGCAAAAUACGUCAAGCUAUCUUCGGCAUUAGUUUCACCAUGGUGGUUUCAUGUAUCCUGUUAAAGUCCAUAAAAAUAUUGUUAGCCUUUAGUUUUGAACCAAGGGUGCAAUGCUUCCUGAAGUGCCUUUACAAACCCUUCACCUUAGUCUUUGUGUGUACAGGGAUCCAGGUCAUUAUUUGCACUCUGUGGCUAGUAUUUUGGCCUCCAAGUAUUCGAGAAAACUUCUCUCUGCCCAAGACAAUUAUAUUGGAAUGUGAUGAAGGCUCCACAGUAGCUUUUGGCAUAAUGUUAGGCUAUAUAGCCCUACUGGCAUUCGUAUGUUUCAUAUUUGCAUUUAGAGGUAGGAAAUUACCAGAAAAUUACAACGAAGGCAAAUUUAUUACUUUUGGAAUGCUAAUUUACUUCAUAGCAUGGAUAACGUUUAUCCCUGUUUAUGCCACAACCAUUGGGAUAUAUUUACCAGCUGUCGAAAUGAUUGUAAUAUUAAUAUCAAGCUAUGGAAUACUGGCAUGUACAUUUUUCCCAAAAUCUUAUAUUAUCUUAUGCAAGCAAGAUACGAAUACAAAAUCGGCCUUCCUUAAAAUGAUAUAUAAAUAUUCUUCCAAGAGUGCUAGCAGUCUGGCAGUUAGUAGCCAAGUCUCUUCCAAUUCUACACUUACUCACUCUCCUACUUCUGUUUCUGAUAUAUGUGGAAGGUCUUCAUCAGUUAGUUGUGUAAAUAACAGCUUCUCUUUUCAAGAGAGACUUGUAGCUGCUAAUAUGCUUUCUGCUGAGAAAAGGGGUCUCGUGCGAAAAAGGUUAUCAAGCAUUUGA